AUGACGGCCACACUGCCUUAUUCCCGGACUUUGUCCAAGCAGCUUGUCGGUAGGGGGACUUGGUUGUUCACGCGACCUGCUGCGAACAGCCCCCUACUACGCGUUUCUUGCAACUGCACACGCAGUGGUGAACGACCCUACAGUCGCCGGACAUACCUGAACCGUGUUUCCGGAUACAAACAUGCAAGAACGUAUGCGACAGCCACUGAGAAGCCGGCAAGCAGACCAAAAAGUCACACCGGACGCGAUCCUCCAAAGCGCCGCGCCACAACGCUCACCAAGGAAGCCAAACCUGCAAAGAAGACCACAAAGAAGCCCAAGAAAAAGGCUGUCAAGAAAGCCAAACCCAAGGGCAGGAAGCCUCUGAGCAAGACAGCAAUCCUUCAGAAGCAACGACAAGACGCAGCGGACCUUCGCGCUGCUGCUUUACUGCAGGAACCAAAACAGCUCCCUCAGACAGCCUUCACUUUAGUAUUUGUGGAGGAGGCGAAGAAAGGUGGUGAUGUCAAGAGCAACGCCGGAGAAGCGUCUGCCAGAUACAGAAAUUUGUCUCCUGAAGAGCGCGAGCAAUACAACCACCAAGCCAACCUGAACAAGGAGAAGAACAUCGAAGCAUACAAGAGAUGGGUCCAGAGCUUUACGCCACUUGAAAUCAAGAAAGCAAAUAACGCCCGAAAACUGCUCGCUAAGAAGGCGAAGGCGGCAGGCAAGAAAACCAAAUUCCUGUCCAUCAAAGAUGACCGGAGUGUGAAAGCGCCACAGAAUGCAUACUCCUUCUUCUUUACAGACCGUCAUAAGUCUGGAGAUCUGAAGGGAAUGUCUGUUGGAGAGUCAGGCAAGCUUGUGGGAAAGGAGUGGAAGAGCUUGUCACCAUCCGAGAAGAAGCCUUAUGAGGACAAGGCAGCCGCGGACGCAGCCCGGUACGAAGAAGAAUACAAGACUGUCUAUGGUGUGGACUCUCCACGCUCACGGAAACGGACAUCAUAG